AUGGAAGGGCUGAAAGUAACGGCUGGUAAAACAUUGGCACUACUAUCCAAGACAGCAACUAUGUCUGGGCUUGUAGUGAGGGAAUAUGAGAACAUUGUUGAAUUACUUGAUGCUAAGAACAAGAUCAUAUACAGCACAAUAGCAGCAGAGAUCUUGGAGAAUUUGUGUAGUCGUCAUCAAAUGGACAAGGAACAUGUGAAGACUAUCUUGCUGCCAAAGGUAACCGAAGCAUCUCAAAGCAAUGUUUCUGCAUCGGGCGAUGAUGCAGAGCAGCAACAACUUUGUAUACUGGGAAAUGAUGAAGAAAAAAAACUUUCGGACCACAGGAGCCAAACUAAGUUAACCGAUCAAGCAAAUGAGGAGCAAACUGCUAUGAUGGAACUGCAAGAGGCGUUUUUAUCUCUUACUUUGGCGAUAUGCAGCGAACUGAUCAGUGCAGAUGACUUCAAUGUCGUGGCUCUAACGAUCGUCCCAGCAGAAGGUGUAUUUGUGGCGAAGCUCAAGACUAUAGUAGAAGAGAACUGUGAGGCCACGGCUAACAGCCUAAGAAUCGUCAAGCUUUGCGGUCGGAUUGCUGUUACAGUGAUGCGGCACGGCCAGUACAGCGCGCACUUCAAGAAUCAGAAAUUCAUGGAGACACUGUCCAAGGCUCCGGGAAUCAUGUCUAGCCUUGAAAGCUACAUGCUCUUCGCUGGGACUGAUUGUGGAGCGAAGAAGACCGCCAGGCCCCUCCUCUCUUGA